AUGUUCUCAGAAUGUAACGCUUUGAACGAGUUUCAAGAAGAAGAUGAGGAGGAGGAGCGAGAGAGGGAGACUGCAGAUUUCUUUGCGCUACAACGAUCACGGAGGGUAUUCGCGCCUACGAGAGAACUAGAGGAAAGUGAGGAAACCGAGCGCGAUGGGAGUGAUGUAGCUUUGGAGGAUAGUAAAGAUGAAGAUAGGAGAGUAGGCGACGAUCGGAAACGUCCUCGUGGUAUUAAAAGCAGUUGGACAGGUGGAGUAAGAAGUACAAGAGAGCGAGGCCGAACACCAGAAACAGUUGGAGAAGAACGUGAUGAUGAAAGUAGGCGGCCAAGCAGUCGAGGAAGCAGUGAUAAAGGGAAGGGAAGAAUGGUGGAUGUUGGAUUAGAAUCUACGAUUGCCGACAGUGAACCUCCGAGUGAACUGGCAUAUGAUAUGGGUGAUGAUAACCCACCAGCCUUUCAAAAAUUUAAAUCUGGACCGAAAUCAGGACCGAUCCGACUUGCUGGAGAUUCUACAAGAGGUAUUGAGAGGGAUAUUGAAUCAAGUCAACAACCUGGUCCUCGAUUCCCUAUACCACCGAGCGAAGUGGAAACUGUUCCAGCAACAGUUCCUAUCACUUUAAAUGAAGGUCCAAAGCAUGACAUGUUUUGGGGGUCUCUGUUUAUGAUAUGUUUGGGCGCACUUUUCGCAACCUUUUUCCUGAUAUUCCUUCAUACAUCAACGCCGGACGGAGUGCUCGGUGAUACUGUCUACACAACCCUUCGUUCUUCAUUCCAUUUGUUUGCUGUCGAUACCCUAGCAUCCAUUAUCGUAUCUUUUGUAUGGCUUGCAUUAUUACGAUCCUUUGUUCGUCCAUUGGUAUUUUUGAUUGUUCUCGCAGUACCAGUCAUAUUGUUCUCAUUCUCGCUGUACCCUUUGGUGUCUAGUAUGAAAGGUUCUACAGAUCGAAUGGGUGUACAAGAUAGAGCUAUGCGAUGGAUGUCAUUUAUACCCGGGGCUCUUUCUCUACUUUGGCUGUAUACCAUUUACAAGGGCCGUCAAUCCCUAACUAAGUCUAUUAGUAUUCUAGAAUUCGCAUCAAGGAUUCUUGCAGCAAAUCCAGGUCUUCUCGCAUUAGGAUUCGCUACUUUAGGAGCAGUUGUUUUAUGGACCUGGAUAUGGUUAGGAAUGUUUACAAGAGUAUUUUUGGGUGGACAUCUCUCAAGAUCAGGGCUCAGCUUCAUCAUUGAUAUGACGACCUGGUGGCUUGGUGUAUAUUUCGUGAUGAUGUACAUUUGGACUCUAUCAGUGAUUGGAGGAGUUCAGCGAACUACAACCGCUGCAACCGUCUCUCAAUGGUAUUAUCAUCGCAAUGUUCAGCCAGGGCCCACAUCUAGAGAGAUCGUUGGAGCAGCUUUUUAUCACUCGACUAAUACGAUAUUUGGUACCAUAUGUCUAUCAACACUAUUAGCUCUUCUAAUCAGACUUCCUCUUAUCACAUUCCCACGAAGAUUAGUAACAGCUAUUUCGAUAAUUGCUUACUCCUUUGUACCAACACCGGUUACAGCUUUACUUAAUCCUCUCACACUCACCUAUGCUGCCAUCCACUCUCAACCUCUUCAAACUUCAGCACGAGGUUUGAGUCAAAUGACAUUUCUCACACCUCAAGCACCUACAACCACUUUGACCCCACGAUCAUUUUCCUCUCGAAGCCCUGCCGCCACUCCCUUACUUCCAUACCGGUUAGCCAAACUCCUCCUUCAUGCGACUCGCGUAAUUAUGUCCAUGGCUCUCGGUUUCGGAGGUUGGGUCGCAACAGCUCGUCAACUAUCAAUCAAUAUGCCUGAAGGCCCUGGUAUCAAAGGUAGCGCAUAUGCUUAUGUAGUUGGACUCGUAGCUGGUUUUAUCGGUUGGGGUGUUCUUGGAUCUAUGGAAGGUGUUUUAAGUGGGAUUGUGGAUGCAACAGUGGUUUGUUGGGGAAGUGAAAAGGGUAUGGCUGGUGGAGGGGCUUAUUGUCUUGAAGCUGGUUAUUUGUUUGGUGAUGGUAGGGAGUAG